AUGAAGACAAUCUCAUUCAUUGCGCUUGUGGCAUAUCUCGCCUACGAGGCUUCUGCAUUGCCAGUUGCCAAGAGCGAUAAGCCAGUUAGAACCGAUAAUGGCGUCACCAAACAUGUUUUCAAGAAGGCGGAGGCUGAGACACCAGCUCCUCCCAUUUACGGAUAUGGCCGGGAGAAACGUGACGAGACCCCAGCCCCUCUUUUGUAUGGUUAUGGCCAGGAGAAACGUGCCGAAGCUGUAGCUCCCGCUCCCCUCAUUUAUGGAUAUGGUCGAGAGAAGCGCGAAGAGUCUGCUACCCCCGGCCCCCUCAUUUAUGGAUAUGGAAAAGAAUAA